AUGAAAAAGACGCAAGACACUUUAUAAGAACAUAAACAUCCUGUCAGUUGACCAUGUUCCUCUUCGCUAAAACACCUUGUAUUUGUUCGCGGAUAUGUCACCUUGCACACACACAGCUCAACAUGGCGACAGCGCAGAGACUCAGGAACCUCUCUAACCAGAUCAGGAGCUUGUCUUACCUUACGGGGGUUCGUCCGCAUACCAAACACACGCUGCAUCCCAUCUAUCAACUUCCAAACACAUGUUUUGACAGCAGAUAUGCUGGUGAGAGGUGGAGGAAAAACAUCCAUCUUACAUUGACUAGGCUGGAGAAAAUCACCUCUGUGCAGAUAAGUGAGCUGUCAGAAGCAGCGUAUGAGAAGCUGGCCGAUGAGACGUUGGAUGCCAUGGCUGAGUAUUUUGAAGACCUGGCUGAUGAAGCUUUCACUGGGACAGACUAUGAUGUUGUCUUCUCUAGUGGUGUGCUGACAGUGAAGGUGGACGAUGAUCAUGGCACAUACGUCAUCAACAAACAGACUCCAAACAAACAGAUCUGGCUUUCUUCUCCCACAAGUGGACCGAAACGCUACGACUGGACAGGUGAACGCUGGGUGUACACUCAUGAUGGCAUCAGCCUCCACCAGCUGCUAUCAAAAGAGUUUUCCAUCAUCUUCAAUAGAAACAUGGACCUGUGUGACCUGCCCUACUCCUGAGAGCCCACACCUGCUAAUGACCUGCCUACAUUAGAACUACUGUGACUCAUGAAUCACAUGUUAGACCAUAUGGGAGCCAAUGACCCAGAGGAUAUAUGUACAGCUUCACAGGCCCUUAGGAGAGCAGUUGUAUAUAAUGUCAGUGAACUGUGUGUGAGCUGAUCUGUAUGUGUUUUAAAAUGUACUGUACAUUUGCAUUUCAUGAUGAUAAGGACAUGCUGUCAUUAAACAUAUGAAACAACCUUUA